AUGUAUAUGAAAAUAAAGUAAGCAAUAAAAUAAUUCGAUCUCUUUGGAGUAGAGCUUAACUUAAAUAUGUAGUAAAAAGACAAAUUUAAAACAGCAUUUGGUGGAGUAUCAUCAAUAGUUAUGAUACUAUUGUUAAGUUUCAUUUUUAUCAACAGACUCAUAAAUAUUGUUACAAAGACUGAUUAUACAGUAUUUAUAAAUAUAUGAUUUUUUAGAUUAAGGUACAAACAUUAUAGAAUGCGAAUCCUAAACACAGUACUAUGAACAUUUAAAAUUUUAUGCUAGCAAUAAGGAUAGAAGAUCCUCUUUAAAAAUUUUAUUAAAAUAAAAAAAAAACUCGCUUUUCAAUAAGAAUGCAUUAGUAUAUCUAAUAAACAUAAGAUGAUGGUUCAAAAAUUAAAGAAUCAUUAAGUUAAUUUAAAUUAGAAUAAUGUACUAAUGAGCACUUUAGUGAUAUCGAUUUUAAAUCUAAUCCCUAUCUAUAAAAACAGCUUUAAUUUUAUUUAUGUUUGCCUUUAAGUUUUGAGCUAUAGUUACAAGGAGGUUAUAACAGCGAAACAUUAUUAUAUCCUAAAUUGUUAAUUUAAAUGUGUAGAAAUGAAGAAAACUGUUAUUCUGACAAAGAGAUUGAAGAAGCAUAAUUAAAUGAAAAUACAACAAUUACUCUGUCUUCUCUUAUUAAAUCAUCCUUGUUUCUUUCUAAUUCUACAGAUAAUAAUUUAUAUUAGUACAUAAAUUCUGACUUUUACCUUUCGUCAAAUUUAUAAUAAUCUUUAUAUGCAGACUUAUUUUUUUAAAACAAUAAGGCUUAGAUAGAUGAAAAUUUAUUUAGUUUGAUGACUGAUUCAAAAGAAAUGGAAUAUUGGUCCUUUUCUCUAAAUGAUAAUCGAUAAUUUAAUGUAUUGAAAAUAUUUAUUAUUUUUUAGAAAUAAAUUGUAAAAACAUCUUCUUUAUUUGAAAUAAAUUUAAGAAUAAGUUAAUAGCAUUAAAUUACUACUAAAACUGCAUAUAGAUUAGAUUAAUUUAUUUCAUAUAUAGGAGGAAUAUUGAAGUUCUUUACUGCAAUAUUUGGAUUAUUUGCUAUUAAGUAUAAUUUAUUAUCAAUGAGAAUAUCUUUGGCAAAUAUUCUUUAUGAUUUUAAUGUGCCUUAUUAAAAUGAUGGUAAGUUAUAUUUUUCAUAUGAUCGAUUAUUGAAUUUUAUUUAAUAUAAGAUAAAUAGAGUAGAUGAGCUGCUUGCAAAACUUAAGACUUAUACAUUUUAAGUCGUUAAAUUAAGUCAUAUUACUAGAAUGUGGAGUAGCAUUUCAUCAAAUUAAAAAUUAUAAAAAUAAGAAUAAUUGUUAGAAUAAGAUGAAGUAGCUGAAUAAAAAAUUACUUAGGAUGAUAUUCAUUAAUAUACUUAAAAAUUAAUAGAGUAUAAAGAGAAUUUCAUUUAUGAUUUAGUAUAAAAAAUUUUAGAUACAAAAAAAUAAUUGAGAUUGGAUUUAAAAUUUUAUGUUUCUUUAGUAUUCUCUUGUUCUUGUUUUAAAAAAAUUUGGAUGAAAAGAUAGCUUUUGAUUUAAUGUGAUUAAAUGAUUAAAAAAGAUUUAGAUAUAAUUACUAUAUUAAGUAAAAUUCAAUAAAUUGAUAAAUUAAAAUAAACAUUACUUGAUUAAAAUUAAGUUUCUGUUUUUAAUUAUACUCCAAAACCUGUCGUUUUUAUUGGAAAAAAUUAUUAGAUUGUCACUGAAGAUUAAUCUAGACCUAAUAAUUUAAUAACUUAAACUAAUAAAUAGAAGAGAGAUAGAAUGAUCAAUAAAAGAAUAAGAUUUAAUACAUCUAAAAAAUUCUUAAAAAUUUAUGAUUCUUAUCUAAAAUUAAAAGAAAAUAGUAAUGAAGUAAAUUAUCGUCUUACUUAAAUGCUUGGUCCUACAUUAGAAUUAAUAUUCAAAAAGUAUCAUGAAAUCUAAAUUGCCUUUCAAUUAAAAGAAGAUUUAAUCAAUAAAUAAUUAAGUGAAGAAUUGAAAUAAAAAAUAUCAGAACAAACUAUUUUAGAUAGUAAUUAAAGAAUAGAUUCUAAAAUAGAAAUUCAUAAAUAUAUUAAACCUAAAAUGAUACAUGAUGAUGGAGAAGAAAUAUGUUAUGAUGUUUGA